AUGGUCGACGCUGCUGGUGAGGAGGAGGUGCCUGCACACCUCUCGCUUGGGGAGCCCGAGGCCGCCGCCCUCCGCUUCCCCGUGCAGGUUGGCCGCCUGUAUCGCUGCACGGCGUUCGACGCAGAGUCGCGGCCGCAGGGUGAGUACCUCAUCCAGGUGGUAGGCGCCUACCCUCCCGACGAGGAUGGCCAGUUCGCACGGGCCGAGCAGAUCUGCUGCAGCGACGGCUACUGGGCCUGGUGGAUGGCUCAUCCCGUGGAGCGCGGCGGGGCAGGGCGGCCGCUCUACCACUUCUGCUCGGAGGAGAUGUGCCUCGCCACGCCGAGCGCCUCCCGCGGGACGCUGAUUCACGUCUCGGAGUUCGAGGAGGUCGACGCCGCGGAGGCGUCGGAGUUCUACCUGGAGUGCAAGGAGAGGCGGGCGGCGGCUCGCAAGUCGACGGAGGUCGAGCUGGACGAGUUCGGCAUGCCGCUCGACAGCUGCGUGGUUCAGGACACGGCUGCUCCUGCCUCGGGCUCGCGCCCCAGGGCUGCGCCAGCGCGCGUCGGCAGCCGCCAGCCCGCUGCCCUGCAGGCUUCGCCGCUAGAGGAGGCAGGCGCCCGCCUGUCAGCCAUGGCGCCCCCUGCGCACGAGGCUGGCGACCUUUGCGCUCGGCUCGAUCGGCUUCGCGGGGCGCUGCAGCCAGCCCCUGCGGGGAAGCAGCCGACGGAGAAGCUGCGCGAGGCGGUGGCUGGAGGAGCCCCUGCGCGCAGCGGAGCCAAGCGGCCGCUGGCGGAGGUCGUGCAGGACAGGGCCGACAAUAGGCGCGCGCCCGAGGUGCCAGCAGAGGCGGCUGCGAGUGCCGCGAGCGGCAGCGCUGGGGCAGGAGGCGAGGGACCUCUUCUCCAGUUAUUGCUUGAGGCAGCGGCCUACAGGAGCGGCACUGGUGACGUUCUGCAGUCGGUUCUCAGUGGCGCCAGCGGCAUUGGUGAUGGGGCAGUCCCGCGAGGUCUCGCCACUCGUCGAGGUCACUUUCGCCAGAUUGCCGCCAAGUUCCCUGGGCUUCUCUCUGAGCAGGCACUGGCCAAGAUGAGUGAGUAUGUCACCACGCAGGUUGGUGAGGAGGCGGGGGAGGAGUUCCCGCCUAUCUUCCUGAAGUACUUUUUGAAUGUUUUCAUCCCUCAGAACCCCAUCAAGUCGAUCGGGAUUGAGGUCUACCGCGAGAUGAGGACAGUCUGCGAGGCCGCGGAUGCCAUCCUUUCGGGCAAGACGGCCUACGCCUUGGACGUGCUGAGUCAACGGUUCAAGGCGCUUCAGCUUUUCGCUAUUGACAAGAGUUGGUCAGGUGCUCGCUGGCUGGAGCUCAUCCCGCCCUCGAACGAGCAGCUUGCGCUCAGGACGGAGGAUGAGGAGAUCGUGCGCGCAGUCGAGCUGGGCGAGUUGCGCCUCGAGGAGCUGCUGUCCAAGCUCAAGCGGGGGCCGCAGCGGACAGUGCAGCUGCGCGAGGACGUUUCGAAGGAGGCGACGCCGAAGGAGGUCUCCUGGAAGGCCAUCGAGGACGCCCACCCGAAGAGGCAGGGCGAGACGCGAGGAGCCUACGGCAUGCGCCUCAGGGCAGCUGUGACUCGAGCUGUACCCGCCACGCCGCACUUACUGGACUUGGGCAUCGCCAUCGUCACCCUGCAGUGGCAGCACCCAGGCCGCCUUGGAAAGUUUUGCCGUGAGUCUCGUCCACACCUUCCCACGACUGGAGGGCCGCAGGUAAGGGCGCGUGACCUGUUGCCGAUGGCCCUCCCCGACCUUACGCUCACACGAGCUUGGGUCGCAUCUCAGGACGGACCGAGAAGGAAGCGUCAGAGGUUCAGGAUUGAGGGGCGUUUAGUCGCCAGAGAAGUUUGGUCAUACAUAGUGGUGCUAUCUCUCAACUUAGAGUACGUUGGUCGAGGUGACCCUCGCCUGUGGAGGCACUCGCCAGUGCUACGUCUUGCCCAGCGGUCCGCCUGCAAGACCAUCAUCUCCCACGUCGACGGCUUCUUAGAUGACCCACUAACUCGUCGGCCUGACAUCGACUGGUCCCAGAAGAUCAGCAAGCUCAGGGUCGACUACACUGGUGAGGAGCAGGGCGAGGCCUUGCCCAUCAAGCUAGCGGAGCUUAUACCAGGCCUUCCCGACAAACAGCAUGCUGCGCAGCUCCAGACGGAGGAGUUCGUUGACGAGCACAUCCUGGAGUGGCUCAUGGACCCUGAGGUUGCCACGCUGCCUGCUGCGGAGUGGCCGCUGGACCCUCCUCGCGCCCGAGUCAAUUGCGAGAGGCUCGAGGACUGGUAUGAGGUCGCAGAGCAUCUGAUUGGCCUCGGCAUCUUGGGCGUGGUCGACGAGGCGGACAUCUUUGCGCCGCGGGGCCAGAAGGUCUUCAACGGCCUGUUCGCUCGCGAGAAGAAGGGCAAGCCACUCGAGGGCCAGUCGAGAUGCACGCGCCUCAUCUUCAACAUGAUACCCUCCAGCGCCUACCUCCGCAACAUCGUUGAGGACACGUCGACUUUGGCGGCCUCCACUUCAUGGACCAGCCUCCACUUGCCAGCAGGAUGCGUCAUGGUGUGGAGCAGCGACGACCAGAAGGUCGCCUUCUAUGUCUGGAAGCUGCCGCCAGUCUGGUAUGGCCGAAUGGCCGUCUCGGUGCCCGUGCCAGCGAGCUCUGCUGGGUUGCCAGGAGACCACCUGGUCUACGUGGCGUUCCGCGUCAUCCCCAUGGGCUGGGUCCUCGCAGUCACCCUCUCCCAACACCUGCACCGCCGCCUGGCCCUGCGAGCACCGCGUCUAGGAGCUGGUUUGCCUGCAGAAGCAGAGUGUAGGCGCGAUCAGCCUUGGCCGCUAGCGAGGCAGCAUCCUCACGCGUGGUGGCAGGUCUACAUCGAUGACUUUGAUGCGCCCGAGGUCCUGGAGGCGGCAGAGGCGUAUCGGGUCGUGGGCACCCCGGGCGAGAUGCAGCUCGCCAUGCGGCGCGCCUACACCCAGGCAGAGGUCGCCUACGCGGAGGAGAAAAGCCAUGCGCGGCAGCUGCAGCUCGAGAGGAUGGGGGCGUCCAUCGACGGCUGCGCUGGUACGAUCAGGGCCCCUGCUGACAAGGUGAUCGAGCUGGUCCGCUACAUCCUGUACGCCCUGGGCCGCGACUACUGCCCAUGGCUGCUCAUGCUCACGCUGCUGGGCCGCGCCGUUCGGUCCCUGGAGUUCAGGCGGCCACUCUUGAGCUGCCUCAGCUCGGUCUGGGAGUUCUCCACCAGGACGAGGGGAGGGCGCAUCAACAUGGGCAUGAGCCAGGAGCUGCUCGUGUGCAUCGGGUACCUGCCCAUCGCGUGUACCGACCUUAGGGCCGCGCUGUCGCCAGUCGCCACCGUCUCGGAUGCCUCGGAGGCUGGAGGUGGAGUGUGCGCUUCCACUGGCCUCACGCCCUUGGCAGUCCAGCAGCUCAGGGCCGCCCGCCAGGGAGCCAGGCCGGUGCUGGGGCCAGGCCGCGGCGACCUGGUGCCCGCACGCAGCUCCCCGUUGCUGCCAGGUGGGCGGCCGCGGCCCAGGGUGCUCAUCGUGAGCCGCUUCGACGGCAUCGCCGCGCUGGCUGUGGCAAUGUCCAGGCUGCCAGUCGACAUCAUCGGCAUGGUGUGCAGCGAGGUUGACAAGCCUGCUAGACGAGUCGUGCGACUCCGAUGGCCUGGAACCGCAGAUUGGGGUGAUAUCCGAUCGAUCUCCGAGAAGGACGUCGCUAAGCUGGCUGACACCUACUACAGCCUGUGCGACGUCUGCGUCUGUGGAGCGGGCAGCCCUUGUCAGGACCUCAGCGCAGUCAGUUUGUCGCGGGCAGGCCUGGCUAGCCCCAGCUCGAAACUCUUCUAUGAGAUCCCGCGGGUCCACGGUCUCCUUCGUAAGCACUUCAAGGAGAAGCUAGCCACCUUUGUUGAGAACGUUGCCUCGAUGAGUCCGCAAGUGAGAGAUGCUAUCACGAAGGAGCUUGGGGUCCCGCCAACCUCCAUGCUUCGGAACGACCUGGAUGGGGGCCUCCGCACGCCUAACCCCGAGGAGAGAGAGGCCCUGCUGGGAUUCGACAAGAAUUACACAAGGGUUGCCCACAAGGACCCUGAGGCCCAAGGAGUUGCUGACACGAGGAGCUUUCUCUUGGGCAACUCUUAUUCAGUGUAUUCGGUCUCCUGGCUCCUCCAGCAGCUGUUUCUGGCUCGAGGACUCCUUGCUCGCGAGCUACCUGCUGAAGCUCUGUUCGCGCGGGGGGCGUGCCCGCUGGCCUGGGGUGAGGUCGGCACUUGCACGAAGGGCACAGCCGAGUACGACAAGAAGCUGGCCUCAAAGUUCACAGGCGAGGAAGCCAUUCCGACAGCCCCAGAAGGUCCGCAAACACUCCUUCAAAGGGCGAGGAAGGCACACUCGGCGAAGCGUGGUACUCGGUUGAAGCUGCUCCGAGUCACCUCCACCACGCUCCACCGCUACAGAGCAGCAGCCAAGCGCGUCCUCGAUGUUUGGGAUGCCAUAGGCCUCAAGCCCUCAGGGCCGCUGGACACCGACGAGGGCAUCGCCGAGUACAUAGAGAUGCUCUGGAGCGAAGGCCAGCCCGUUAGCUUUGCCAACUAUGCUGUCGCUGCGAUGGGCUUCUUCUUCCCCUCAGUCAAACAGAGCUUGGGGUUAUCAUGGAGUCUGCUCAAGGCUUGGAGGCGAUGCGAACCGCCUGUUCGCGCCCUGCCGUUCACGCCAGAGCUCAUUCUGGGAAUGACCGCCCUCGCCAUCGAGUGCGACGCUGUGGAUAUCAGCACCCUCCUCGCAUUGGGUUUCGCAGGUCUUUUGCGCACAACAGAGUUGUUCACAUUGUCCAAGCAGCAGGUUGCGAUCAUCAAUGACAGAGUGAUUGUCCGCUUGCCUGAGACCAAGACAGGGUACCGCAAAGCCACUACCGAGAUGGUCGUUGUCGGCUGCCCCAUCGCCGUGGAUCUGGUCAAGCGCUGA